AUGUCAGAGCCUGAUGCACAAUGGCAUAGGAUCGUAGUACGGAUUCCUUUUGCAUCCCACAAGCACGCGACCAUCGCGAAACAGACCAUCGAGGUCGACGCGGAACUCCAACCACAGGCAGUGAAACGCCAGCUCGAUGUAGACGAUGAUACACUCAUAGGGUCAUUCGAAACGCUGACGGUCAGACUCGCUCGCUUGGCCGUCAACUCUUUCCUCGAAAACGUCGAUUUGGUGGCUCGAACGUUGGCUGAGUUUGGCGACGAUGCUGAACGGGGUUCCGACAAAGAACCUGCUGCGUCGCUACCACCAGGAUCACGAUAA